AUAAGUAGCAGGAAGCAUAUUGAAUUAUGAAAAUUGUCGAACCGGUUAUUAAACACAUGCAUAAAGCUUUGUAAAUUUUAAGUAAAAACAUUCUUUUUCAACACUUUUAAAAAAUGGAAUCUGUUAUUUCGCACUCCGAAACUGCUAUAGAAAAUAACAAUGAUGCCUGAAUAGACUAAAAUAAGGAAAUGAGUGAAAACUGUAUACAUCCUACGAAAAGGCUAACUGUGCCCAAUAAACGAAAAUAUAGCACAUUAAAAGAUGCGGAAGAUGGUAGCUAUUCCGGCAGUGAUGAAGAUGAUGAAUUGCAAUAUGUUGGAGAAGAAGAAGUUACUUUCUCAGCUCCCACUCUUUGCCUCUUCUGUAGUGAAGUUUUUAACCAGAUCGAACUAAUGUUUGAACAUUGUAGGUCUCAGCACAUGUUUGACAUUGUUGGUUUCAGUCGAUCUGUAGAAAUGAACUGCAUAACAUACAUCAAAUUCAUAAAUUAUAUUCGAGCUCAUAGAAUGUCAUCCUCUGAAAUGAGAAGUGUAAACAAAGAGAAUUGUCCCUGGAAUAAUGAUGAAUAUAUGAAGCCUUUUAACAUAUCUGAUCCACUGCUUACAUUUGACUUCGAGAGCUAUUUACAGGAAAAACUAGCUGAGAGAAAAUUCAAAGAUGAGAUGAUUACCAUUCCCCAAUCACGAUUUGAAGCUAUUUUGGAUGAGUUGUCACAGAAUAAAAUUAGACUAAAGAUAGCUAAUGAGCGAAUUGAUCGAAUGAAGGAAACUGCGAAAACAGUUCUGCUGUGCAACAACCAACAGUGUUCUUAUGUGAAUAAUAUCAAUAAGCCUUCCAGCAUCUAUGAUACAAAACCUUACAACCAGGAUGAGGAUUAUUAUUUCAGUACAUAUGAUCACUUUGCCAUUCACCAUGAAAUGCUUCAGGACAAAGUUCGUACUGUAUCUUACCAAGAAGCCAUUUUAAACAAUCCUGAUGUGUUUAAGGGAAAGAGAGUUUUAGAUGUGGGUUGUGGUACUUCUAUACUCUCCAUGUUUGCAGCCAAAGCUGGCGCCGUUCACGUAGAGGGCGUUGAUAAAUCCGAGGUCAUUUUUCAAGCCAUCGAUAUUGUUAAUGAAAAUGGAUACAAUGAUGUGAUUAAUUUGUUUAAAGGGCGUGUGGAAGACAUGCCAAUGCCUCAGGGUGGAAAAGUGGAUGUGAUUAUAUCUGAAUGGAUGGGAUAUUUUCUUCUUUUUGAAGGCAUGUUAGAUAGUGUUAUAUAUGCCAGAAAUAAGUUUCUAGCUCCUGGUGGUGCUAUGUUUCCUGAUAGGGCAACUAUUUCUAUUCUGGCUGUUAGUGAUUUAGCCAAGUAUAAGGAGUACGUUAACUUCUGGGAUGACGUCUAUGGCUUUAAGAUGUCAGCCAUGAAAAAAGACGUCAUUAAAGAAGCUAACGUGGAAGAAGUGAAACAAGAGUAUGCUUGUAGUGAGCCAGCUGUAGUCAAGGAAUUAGAUCUUACCCAAUGUGAGGUAAGCGAUACAGAUUUCAGCUCAACUUUUGAAUUAAAAAUGGCUCGUGAAUGUAAAGUCACAGCUCUCCUGGGAUAUUUUGAUUGCUUCUUUGAGAAAGGAUUAACGCACAAGGUUGUUCUUUCAACAUCUCCCAAGGCACCUACAACUCAUUGGAAACAAACAAUGUUCCUUCUUCCAUGUCCUGUUUAUGUGAUUGAAGGAGAAGUUGUUCCAUGCAAAAUAUCAUGUAGGAAAAAUCGUAGGGAUCCCAGAAGCAUAAUUGUGAAGCUAGACUUUGGAAAACAUCACAAUGAAUACUACCUCUCUUAAAAUAAAUAAUUUUUAAGCUGUACAGACUUUUACUGUAGCAUUUAAUGUAAAAAAGCAAUUUUUCAUAAAUGUAUCAGUAAUAAUAAUAUUUAUUGCAUUCCUUCUAUAUUAUAAUAGGAGAAAAGAAUUUUUUUUAUUGAUUUACUAUAAUAAUGUAUAUGACUUUCAAUUUGUUUCUAUUAAAAUAUAGAAGUAUUACUUCGGUUUUCUAUAUGUUUUAUUCUAUCUAUAUAUUAGUGGUUUUUUAUUAAAAUGACAUCUUUUGGAGCCUAACUAGAAAUAAAAAAUUAUGAGCUUGGUGA